CACAAACAUCCAAAUCAAACAGCCGCAACAUAGGAAAAUCCAAAACCUCUCUAAAACCCUGCAACACAAUUUCUUACUAGCUAUUUCAUUUCAUAUCCCAACACCAUCUUCUACAAGGAACCAUAUUGCAUCCUAUUGCUACAUGCUUCUUCCAUAGCAGAAGCGCAUGAAGACCAAUACUAACGUUUCUGGGGAGAGGAAAUCGCGUAAGAGGCGCAGUAGUGGAACUGAUUCUGUGGAGAACACUCUUGAAAAGUGGAAAGAGUAUAACAGGAAGCAACAACUUGGGUCAAGAGAGAAUGGGGUGGAAGUGAUUCAGAAAGCUCCGGCAAAAGGGUCGAGAAAAGGGUGCAUGAGAGGUAAGGGAGGGCCUCAGAACUCCGAUUGCAAGUUCAGAGGUGUGAGGCAAAGAAUUUGGGGGAAAUGGGUUGCUGAGAUUCGCGAACCAAUCAAUGGAAAGCUUGUGGGUGAAAAAGCAAAUAGGCUUUGGCUUGGUACUUUCUCCACUGCACUUGAAGCUGCUCUUGCUUAUGAUGAAGCUGCGAAGGCCAUGUAUGGCUCCUCUGCGCGUUUGAAUUUUCCCGACCCUUCUGUGGAGCCAGUACACUCUAAUGGAUCAUCAUCAUCAUCAUCAUCAUCUAGUGGAUGUGAUAAAAAAUCACCGAGUGGUUCUUCAGAGAAUGACGGUGAUGUUGAAAAAGCUGGGUCAGAAAGGAACCUUCAUCAGCCUCAUGAAGAGAAACCAAGGUUUUCUGAGGUUGGUGUUUUUGAGGUAACACAAGAGAAACUGGUUCUCUCUGGAGGUUGUGUAGCUGAUGACUCAAUAGAGGAGUUGAAGGAAAUGACAAGUGGCUUUGAACAAUGUCAAACAAGUGAGGAAUGUAAGGCAAUAACUUUGAAGAAUAUUAAGUCUGAAAUACCUGAAGAAAGUGAAGGGAUAGAGAGAGAAUUGGAGAGGGUUUUGAAAAAUUCUGGCAUAGGUGAAGAGGGAAAUAAUCUCUUGCAGAAUGAGCCUUUGGACAUAGCCAUGAAUACAGGAGCUAACUACUGCAGCUCUUCUGAUGCUGCUGAACAUGACAUUGUGGAGAAGAGUGAAGAAACAAGAGGAGAAUCAGUUGAAGCUUUGAAACCAUGUGAGUUAAGCUGCAGCAGCCAUUGCCUUGGAUGUAUGCAUAACAUGCUGCCAGAUAGCAAUUCAAAACCACAUUCUGAGCACUUUAGUAACAACCAAACUGAGGCAUCCAUAGCAAGAAAACAUACCGAGGAAGUAAUUUCUGAAAUCCUGGGCCUGUGUCACAGCAAGAGCUUGAAGAUUAGUCAUGAUCAGUCACCACAUGAGCAUUAUAGAACUGAACAUUUUGAUGAGAUGAGAACUCAGCUUAAGUGUUUCGAAUGCAAGCUGAGAGCACAUUCUAUUCAUUACAAAACUCAGGCAUCCAUGGUUGGGGAUUCCAAUUAUCCUUCAAUGCAAGGAAUUCAUAUGUUUGGUGGUGGCACUGUUGGACCAAUUGAAAGCAUGUCCCAAAUUGAUGCUAUGAACAACAUCAACACAAGCAGAAAUUCUCUAUGUUUGUGUGAUCUUUCUCAACAGCUACACAAACUUGGUGGUUACCUUCCAGAGCAUUGGAAUAACAUGCAGUUUGCAGACUUGGAAGUGGGUUAUGAUUAUAGUUUCUUAAAUCCUGAUUAUGAUUUUGGCUUAUUGGAGGAGCGGAAGUUACUUGAUGUAUGUUUUCCCCAAAUAGGAUCCUAGUAUUCCUGAAGACUUGCAGUGUUUGUUUUUCGCUUUGGUGGGGUUACUUAUACCAUGGUUUUCCCCGACCUUGCGAUUCAAUAAGUUAUGUUUCUGUUCUCAUUCACUAUAUAGAGACUUUGUAGUAAGAAUUUUGUAUCAUGUUAAUAAAUGUUGAACAACUAUGAUGCUAGCUUAUAGUCUUAAA